AUGGUGACUCCGCCCACUGCCGAAGACCUUGAGGCGCAGCCUGCACAGCUCAGGCGCAUCGGGGCCGGAGUGGGUUACGUCCUGCAUGGAUUAAUUUUCGAAUUCGAGGGUGGCAUCCGGAAGGGGUGCCUGUUGGAUGAUGACUGCACGAAGAUGGACAUUUGUGAUAAUGCUGCGUGCAAGAAGCGCAAAGUCAAAUGGCAUGCAAUCGAAGCAGAUGACUUCAUAGUCAAAGUUUGUGGUCAUGGCUCCAAGCCUAUUGGUGGUACAAAAAUGUACCUCUGCCACACCCUUACAUUGACAACUCGCUUGGGGAAGACCAUCACCUUUGAGGGGAAGAACCGGAUGAAGAAGGGACGGCCCUUCCCUGCCUUCAGAGCCGACUCCAACUUCGAGAUCUGCAGGCUGAUCUUCUCAGAGGGCUGUGUCAUUGGGGCCCUGGAGAGGCCACUUUCCCCUUCUUUCGAGGAGAUCUGGGUUCAGAGGGAGGAACAGAGCCCUCUCGAGUUGGAGUGCCCGGACCUUCCACGUAAAGACAACAUCAUGAUCCCUCCAGGCAGCUGGGCAGAGAAGAAGGGCUUACGCAGAGGCGACAAGCUCGUGCGCAUCAACGGCGUGAGGACUUACCAGAUGCGCUCCCCAGAGGAGCUCCAGACUGCACUCAGCGCACGGCCUCUGCAGCUCAUCUUUGUGAAGAUGGUGCCCCAUAAGGCCACGUCGACAGAGGAACUGCAGCGGGUUAAGCUGGUUGAAGGAUCAGCAUCCCUGGACAUCUGUGCAGAUGCCCUUCUGAAUGAAGGGAAUGCAGCCCCCCCGCAAGCCUGCAAUACCGAAAUGCAGCCACAGGCCCAUGCAGCACCCAAAAGAAAUCGCUGGCAACGAGGAGUGGACCCCCUCCGGCAGCCUAUUCCGCAUCACAGGCCCGCGGAAUCUGCAGCAGUCGAGGCGAUGCCAACAGCGGAACGGAAGCCAGCCCCGGAUUUCGACUCUGCAUCGCAUGGUGGCCCUUACGAGUGGAAUCUGGCCGAUGUAGCCGGGCCUUAUUCGCCAGAACGGGUGUUGGCCUGGGGAGCCAAUGCCAGGUAUCAGCUACCACAGCCGCCGAGUUCUCCGGCAGUUACUGCCGACGUGGAUCGUUUUCUAAAAAGCUUCUUCGAGACACGGAAAGGUCCAGACGGGAAGUCCCUCGAAUCCUUGCUUGGGGAACCUGCAGCUGGGCUGCAGUUCAGGGUUUUGGGCGUGGUUCAGGUUUGCAUGUCCGCCUGGACCGCUCCUUCCGAGGCGCCGUACAACGACGGUUGGUGGCGCAUCCCGUGGAUUCCGAUGGAGGACUCGCAGCGCGAAUUGCUGCGCAAGGGCGGCUGGCAGCGUGGCUGGCACGGCUGCAAGAUGGAGGCUCUGUACUCCAUCAUAUACCAUGGAGAGCUCUUCCCCAGCAGUGACGAGUCAAAAGGUGACCGGAUGCUUACCGGAUGUCCAGGAGUUUACCUGCACCGGGACAGUCUGCAUCACAAGGCGGAGAGAUGUUCCUGUAUUGUGGAGAACUACAUGCGCUGGAUUCCAAUGUGUGGUGACGGCCUCUUCUGGGCGGCAAAGUGGGAGGUGGUGUAUGCUUCCUGGGGGAGCGUGAAGCGUGGGAAGAGGACCGACCAGGUCAUACAAAGUGCGGAGUCGGUGGAGCUGGCAGCCCUCUGGCUUUCGGUGCGAUCCGCGAGCAUGCUGCCGGAAGGGACCCCUGUGCAGGCCAAAUGGUCCCCAGAGCGCGAGGCCAACCCAUGCUUGACCCAGUCGCGGCGACGCAGCAGCGCUCUGAUGGCCUUGGAGGAUGUCGCUAGGAACGAGCCUGCCCCGAAAGGGGGACUCCUGGCGCUAGAAGACUGGGCAGCGAGCCCAGCCCCGAAGGAGCAACAGGCUCCUUCCGACCUUCAUCUUUGGCCCACCCUGGGUGAAGCGAAGUCUAUCGACAACGAUGCGGCCGCCGCGAAGCGGCUGGCGCGCACGUCUCGAGCUCAGAGUUCCCGCACGCCGUCGAGCUCUGCUGGCUCUUCGCCGGUGGUUGGCCCAAGUGGCCCACCGGACAUUGUCCCCACGCGGCGGUGGGACAGAAAGCUGUCCCAGGCGUGA